AUUCGCAAGAAGUACUAUCUGCGGGGGGAGGGCGAGGGAGAGGGAGGGAGAGGGAGGUUCUCCUUCAUUUCCAUCAGAUCUUACUGUCGGGAACACUGAUCGAGAACAGGGAUUUUCCAAUCACUUGAGCCAUGAUUUCCUCAAGCAAGCUAAAAUCUGUCGAUUUCUAUAGGAAAAUUCCAAGAGAUUUAACGGAGGCUUCGCUUUCCGGAGCUGGAUUGUCCAUAAUAGCGGCGCUGUCUAUGAUGUUUUUGUUUGGAAUGGAAUUGAAUGAUUAUAUGACAGUAAACACAUCUACAGCCGUAGUUGUUGAUAGAAGUCCUGACGGUGAGUUCCUGAGGAUUGACUUCAACAUAAGUUUUCCUUCACUUUCAUGCGAAUUUGCAUCAGUAGAUGUGAGCGACAUAUUGGGCACAAACAGGCUAAAUAUAACAAAAACGGUUCGGAAAUUUUCAAUAGAUCCCAAUUUAAAGUCAACUGGAGCUGAAUAUCAUUCUGGACCAAUCCCCAUGGUUAGCAAGCAUGGGGAUGACUUUGAAGAAGAGAGCGGUGAUGGUUCAGUUUUAUUAACUGCUGCGAGUUUUGACAAAUAUUCUCACCAAUAUCCUAUUCUUGCUGUCAACUUCUAUGCGCCUUGGUGUUAUUGGAGCAAUCGCUUGAGACCUUCAUGGGAGAAGACAGCUAAAGUCAUAAGGGAAAGAUAUGACCCUGAAAUUGAUGGGCGAAUUCUUUUGGGGAAGGUGGAUUGUACUGAACAAUUUAAUCUAUGUAAGAGGCACCACAUCCAAGGCUACCCAUCAAUUCGCAUUUUUCGUAAAGGAAGUGAUGUCAGGGAAGACCAUGGACAUCAUGAUCAUGAAUCUUAUUAUGGGGAGAGGGAUGCAGAUAGCUUGGUCGCGGCAAUGGAAACUCUGGUUGCAAGUAUUCCAAAUAUUUCUCAUGAACUGGCAUUGGAGGACAAAUCUAAACUGCAGAUUGAUGCAGUAAAACGCCCUGCGCCAUCAACAAGUGGAUGCAGAAUAGAAGGUUUUGUACGGGUUAAAAAGGUCCCUGGCAACUUAAUAGUCUCCGCCCGUUCUGGCGCACACUCUUUUGACGCAUCUCUAAUGAAUGUAUCACACCUCGUUUCCCAUUUUUCAUUUGGAAAGCAGCUCUCUUCGAAGAUGUAUUCUGAAAUGAAGCGGCUUACACCACUUCUGGGAGGAAGCCAUGAUCGCCUGGCUGAUAAAUCUUACAUAAUUAGUCAUGAUGACAAUAAGGCAAAUGUCACUAUCGAGCAUUACCUUCAACUGGUAAAGACGGAGAUUGUCACAAGAAAGUCCUCCAAGCAGCUGAAGCUGUUUGAAGAGUACGAGUACACAGCACAUAGCAGUUUGGUGCACAGUCCGGACAUUCCCGUUGCCAAGUUCCACUUUGAGCCCUCUCCCAUGCAAGUCUUAGUAACUGAAAUACCUAAAUCCUUCUCGCAUUUCAUCACCAAUCUUUGUGCAAUUAUUGGAGGAGUUUUCACGGUUGCUGGGAUACUGGACUCAAUCCUGCACAAUACAAUGCGACUUGUGAAGAAAGUAGAGCUAGGAAAGCAAUUUUGAUAUUCCUAAUUCAAAAUUUUUUGGUCUCAACGGUAGUGUUAGUUUGGCUAACUAACCUUCUUAAGAGCAUUGAGGCUUUGAAAAACAUUUGUAAAAAAAAAUUAUAACUUAGAUUAUUUAUAAUGAACUAUUUUCUUUGAUAAAA